AUGGUGACCCACACAAUAUACAACCAAUUAGUAGACAAUAAUGUUCGGGUUGAAGUUGUGUAUGAAAAUUAUCCAGUCAUUGCUGGAACAGAUGAACUUUCGUUGAUCCUACGGUUCCGGUAUUUGGGUAAACCCAAGCUUCCUAAAGAAGAACAUUCAGAGCCAGAUCCUGAAGAUAAGGACGCUGUCAACUCUUCUCAUAAGGCUGGGAGUAGUGAUACGUGGUCUGGCUUUGGAAGGAGAAUCUCGUCGCAAUUUUCCAAUGUUACAAGGAAUGUUUUUUUGAAAGAAUUAGACAAGGUAGAAGAGCAACACGAGGAAGACGAUGAACCUGUAUUCGUUGUCGGAUAUACGCAAUUGUUUGGAUAUCUUGCUAUCAAUGAAAACAUCAUAGAUAAAAAAAAAUUGGAAGACGUUAGAAAAAGAUCUGUCAUAGGAAAUAAACUAGCUGGUAUAGAAGGACUGGAAUUGAGUGAUAAAACUAGCAAUAUUUGGCAGUUCAAUAACAUAGAAUUUUUGGAGCCUGGGAAGAGUAACCAGAUUAUCCCGCUAUAUUCCACAACUCAAGCCAUGCUAUUUCAGGAGAUUUCUCUGGCCCAAGACCCUUUGAAGAUCUUUUAUGUGAAAUUACUGGUUGGCUACCAACAAUUUGAAAAGAGUGGCAAGAUAAGUGUCCGGACACUAAAAUUUCCUCUUAAAUUACAAGCUUACGUGAACAGAGUUGGGCAGCAGCCUUUUUUCACCUUGGAUAAACCACUCUUGGGUCAGCCCAUUGAGGCUCAAGUUAACGAGGUAACUGAUGGACAAAAGGCCAGCUUUGCUUCCAUUAAGUCUCAGUUGAAACAUAGCGAUAUUGAAUCCGAGUCUGAUUUUUCUAAUGACAAGAUAGCGGUAAAACCAAUCGAGUUCUUGGCUUUUAUGCAGAAACUAAGUCAAGCCAACAUUAAUCAGGUUGUGGAAAUACAAAAUGAGUUUCACAAAGAGUUUCUUACAGAUUACACUUCUCCGAAGAACGAAAAUUGUAGGUUAAACCUUAUCAAUUUGGUUUCGAACCCAUCACAAGUUCUUUCCCUUAGACAAACUGAACGCAAACCCCUACAAAAGAAUUUUGAAGAACUGAACCUUUUUGAAUAUGAUAGCCUUUUACCCGCAAAAUUCCAAACUAGGUUCUUGUUGAAACGAAAUACAAAAAAUUUUGCUCAAGUUGACCUCGACAAGUCAGUAUUUAGGGUCAACGAUAUUAUUCGCAUUAACAUUCAGUUAUUAAAUCAUAUUAAAACGACAGGGUUGAUAGUCGCACUUGAAAGAGUAGAGACCAUAAGUGACCAGUACAUUUUCAAGGAUGAAAAAGGGCAAAUACAUGAGAAUCUGACUGAACAAAGCCAGCUUGUUGAAAAGGUUUGUGAAAAAGUUGUUAGUACUAUUAACAGUGAGCAAGUAUCAGCCAAUUUACCCAUUCCUUACAACUCACCAGGUCAGUUCAAAACUAACAUUGUGAACGUAAGGUAUUUGGUCACAAUAAAGUUCAUCUUAGUGGAGGAAUCUUCUGAUUUAGAGUUGAUCUAUUCCGACAACAAAGGAGAUUUGCUCAGAGGAGUGGAAUUCUACUCCAGUGGAUCAGAGUUUCUAUGUAGACUACCCAUCAAAGUUGUACCAAACUACGAACCCAAUUUUGGUGUGGUUAAUUACGUUUAA